AAACACACUAAAACAAUUUUUGCAAGCAAUGAAAACAUGGUCGCUAAUCCAUUAUCUUCUGUGGUUAAAUCCGACGACGGCGAUGGGAGAGACAUGGGCCAUAACAUCGUUCAUCACCUAAACGGGCCAUCCAGAACUGAGAACCAGGGACCAACAGACAGCCAUGCAAUCUCUCAUGUUGUACCAGAUGAGAAGGGGCUAGUUCAGAAAGCUGGCGCAUCCCAGCAAGUUUCGGAUAUUGGAUGGGAGCAUGGGCCUGGUGAGAUUGGGGAACAGAUAGUGCCGGGGUUAUUGAAUGAGGAUCUCUGGAUACUUAUUAGACGAUUUGACAAGCAACUGUACUAUGUCAAAGCUGUGCCGGACACACCAAUGCAGAGACUCGACCUUAUUCGAGCCGAAGACGAACAGUUCUCCCCUGACAAACUGCGGGCGACGCUUGAACGAUUUUAUACAACUGUGGCUUUAAAACUGAUUAGUGUUGCGAAUCAUAUUGCUCGGUUACGUUCAUGGAGAGAAUACGAACGCACGUUGGGGUUUUGCAUUGUAUAUUCUGCUGCAUGGCUCCUAGACCUCCUCGCACCCACCUUCUUUAUUGUCCUCAUGACUCUCGUCUUACACCCGCCAUCUCGAACGUUGCUAUUCCCCCCGGCCCCUAUCGCCCUAGUUGAUACAGCUACAGGUGGCACGCAAAGGCCUAAAGCUGGUCAUCUGGGCUCGGACGACAGUGCUACUGGUGCACCAGAGAAGUACAAGGGUGAAGCAGCUGAGAAUGAAGCCAGCAAUAUUCUGGCUAGUGUUGCCGGUCUCACUGUGGAGAGCGCAGCAGGUAAACAUGAGCAAGAAAUGCCUGAAGUUGAGCCAGAAAAUACACCUCAAGAUGCGAAAAUAGAAAACACACCCAAUCCGGCAGAUAUUGCAACGAAGGCGGCAGAUGCGCGAACUGCAGUGCAUGGAGAAAAGUCGGAAGAGUCGCAUGAUAAGACGAGAGAGCCUAUCAAGGAGACCGUCUUUAAUUUAGCGAAUCAGUCCAUGCGAGUGUUGAGUGAUAUCACGGAUACCUACGAGCGAUUUGAAAAUGCUCUCUCUCCAACACCACCUUUCUCCAUGUUGACCCCAUAUCUACGAUUUGUGGGAGUUCUAGCGUUUGCCCUGUUUGCUUCUUUUAUUGUCUCCAGCUAUACCUUCGUCAAAAUCAGCACAUUCCUUUCUGGUUUCUUCUUCUUCGGCGAACCCGUUAUUCAACGUAUCGUGGGAUUAUUGGAUCGCAGGUAUUCGCACUGGAAGCGCCUCUUGGAACUGCAGAAUACACUUCUCCGGGGCAUCCCCACAAAUGCUCAACUCACACUGACGCUUUUACGCAUUGGGGAAAUGAAUCUUGCACCUCUCCCACCUCCGCCAAGCUCACAAGCCAAACCCCCUUCCAGUGGCAACGAUACACCCGCCCAUGGAGCCUCUGAAAACGAGAACUCUCCAUCCCGGCCACAGACAGCAGACACUCACAAGCAAAAGCAAGGAAUUAUCCCCCACAUCAUCUCCUUCUUCCGCGGUACAACAGCAACAAGCAUCGAAGGCAAACUUGCCAUCGACAGGGCCCGUGCCGUCACCGGCUCCCGCCACGCCAAAGCCCGCGUCGGGAUCCUCCGUAGCAAGGGAAAACGAGCCCUUCCCUCCGGUCCCGUCGAGUUCGACGCGCGCUAUAAAGGCAAACGUGGCGCAGCCAUCAUUGACUCUUCCAAAGACCCGCCACUGCUCUACUUCACCACCGAAUCUGCCCUGGACUUCGACAAAAUGGCAAUAGAGAGUAGAAAGGACGGCACGGUGCUGUUCUCGAUGCCUGUUUCUGAUAUCACGGAGAUGAGGAAGACGGGUGGACUAGGUUGGAAAGGAAAGUUGGCUGUUGGAUGGGCUGUGGGGAGUAAGGAGGUUGUGGAUGGCUUGUUGCUCAUUGGGAGAGAACCGGGACAGAGGUAUCAGCUUACGGCUAUGGCUACACGGAAUCAGCUGUUUGAUCGGUUGAUUGCUAUCGAUGGACAGGUUUGGCAGAGCUAUUGAAUGUAUGUCUUUGUAUAUGUGGCUAAAUGAUUUCAGGUUUGGAAAUAGUAUACGAUCUCGCGAAAUUGUUUGAUGGAAUGUGUGUUAUUUGUCAUUGGUCUUAUGAACACUGCAAGAUGUACAUGCAAGCCUAUAAAACAUAGUCUACCAUAACAACAUAAAUCUAUUGUUGCACCA